UAUCUACAGCCGACGUCGGCCUUAAAACCAGGGAUGCACUGAAUCCAGAUUUGUGGGUUGGUCUGAAUCCUGAACCCCCUGGUUGAGAUGGUUCUGACUCCUCCUCCCAUCCUCAGUCCAUCAACACAGUGAACACAUGAAUGAAGUAAACCGGGACGGUCCUGAACACGGCCUGAGGCUGGCCCCGCAUACUGCUGUGCAUGACUGCUGGGAAACUGUGUUUCAGGUCCAGUCUGGUGGCGAGGAGAGGGUUCUGGUGAUGGGAGCCACCAACCGGCCUCAGGAACUGGACCAAGCUGCUCUCAGGCGGUUCUCUAAGCGCGUGUACGUGGCUCUGCCCGGAGAGGAGACUCGCCUCAGUCUGCUGAAGAACCUUCUAGAGAAACACAGCAGCCCGCUGACUCAGCGAGAGCUCCAGCAGCUCGCCAGAAUGACAGAGGGCUACUCCGGCAGCGACCUCACCUCAUUGGCUAAAGACGCCUCCCUGGGACCAAUCAGAGAGCUGCAUCCAGAACAACUGAGGAACAUGGAGGCUAGUGAGGUGCGGAACAUCUGUUUCCGGGACUUCGUGGAGUCUCUGAUGAAGAUCAAGAGGAGCGUCGGCACUCAGACCCUGGACCUGUACGCUCGCUGGAACAGAGACUACGGAGACACCACAGCUGGAUGACGUCUCAGAGACUACGGAGACACCACAGCUGGAUGACGUCUCAGAGACUACGGAGACACCACAGCUGGAUGACGUCUCAGAGACUACGGAGACACCACAGCUGGAACAGAGACUACGGAGACACCACAGCUGGAUGACGUCUCAGAGACUACGGACACACCACAGCUGGAUGACGUCUCAGAGACUACGGAGACACCACAGCUGGAACAGAGACUACGGAGACACCACAGCUGGAUGACGUCUCAGAGACUACGGAGACACCACAGCUGGAACAGAGACUACGGAGACACCACAGCUGGAACAGAGACUUACGGAGAC